CAGUACAAGGUUGCCCGGCCAGUGAGCGCCCGGCUCCAGCAAGCGCCACUCCCAGCAACCGGAACGUUUGCGCGUCGCUACCGCGCGCGGCGGAAGGACUUCGGCGGAGCACUUAGAGCGGAUUGAGCUGAACUUCCGGCAGAGCAGAGCUCGGCAGGACAGGUACAAAAUGGAUGAAGAGCCUGAAAGAACUAAGCGAUGGGAAGGAGGCUAUGAAAGAACAUGGGAGAUUCUUAAAGAAGAUGAAUCAGGAUCACUUAAAGCUACAAUUGAAGACAUUCUUUUCAAAGCAAAGAGAAAAAGGGUAUUUGAGCACCAUGGACAAGUUCGACUUGGAAUGAUGCGCCAUCUAUAUGUGGUAGUAGAUGGAUCAAGAACAAUGGAAGACCAAGAUUUAAAGCCAAAUAGACUGACAUGUACAUUGAAGUUGUUGGAAUACUUCGUAGAGGAAUAUUUUGAUCAAAAUCCUAUUAGUCAGAUUGGAAUAAUUGUAACAAAGAGUAAAAGAGCUGAAAAACUGACUGAACUCUCAGGAAACCCACGGAAACAUAUAACAUCUUUGAAGAAAGCUGUAGAUAUGACUUGCCAUGGAGAACCAUCUCUUUAUAACUCCUUAAGCAUGGCUAUGCAGACUCUAAAACACAUGCCCGGACAUACAAGUAGAGAAGUCCUAAUCAUCUUUAGCAGCCUCACAACCUGUGAUCCCUCCAACAUCUAUGAUUUAAUCAAGACCCUAAAGGCGGCUAAAAUCAGAGUGUCUAUUAUUGGAUUGUCUGCAGAGGUUCGAGUAUGCACUGCGCUUGCUCGUGAAACUGGUGGCACAUAUCAUGUUAUUUUAGAUGAAAGCCAUUACAAAGAAUUGUUAACACAUCAUGUUAGUCCUCCUCCUGCUAGCUCAAAUUCUGAAUGCUCACUUAUUCGUAUGGGAUUUCCUCAGCAUACCAUUGCUUCUCUGUCUGACCAAGAUGCAAAACCCUCUUUCAGCAUGGCGCAUCUGGAUAGCAACACUGAGCCAGGACUUACAUUAGGAGGCUAUUUCUGCCCACAGUGUCGGGCAAAGUACUGUGAGCUUCCUGUUGAAUGUAAAAUCUGUGGUCUUACUUUGGUGUCUGCUCCCCACUUAGCACGGUCUUACCAUCAUUUAUUUCCUUUGGAUGCUUUUCAAGAAAUAUCCCUAGAAGAACAUAAUGGAGAAAGGUUUUGUUAUGCCUGUCAGGGGGAAUUGAAAGACCAACAUGUCUAUGUUUGCAGUGUGUGCCAGAAUGUGUUCUGUGUGGACUGUGAUGUUUUUGUUCAUGACUCUCUCCAUUGUUGUCCUGGCUGUAUUCAUAAGAUUCCAGUUCCUUCAGCCAAAGAUGGAGAAGCUGUACAGAGUCAGCAAAAAAAACCACCAAGAACUGACUGAGGCUCAGAUCAUGAACUCCUUAUUGCAAAAUUCAGACUUAAAUUGAAGAAAGUAGGAAAAACCACUAGACCACUCAGGUAUGACCUAAAUCAAAUCCCUUACAAUUAUACAGUUGAAGUGACAAAUAGUUUCAAGGGAUUAGAUCUGAUAGAGUGCCUGAAGAACUAUGGAAGAAGGUUCGUGACAUUGUACAGGAGGCUGUGAUCAAAAUCAUCAAGAAAAAGAAAUGGAAAAAGGCAAAAUGGUUGUCUGAGGAGGCAUUACAGAUAGCUGAGAAAAAAAGAGAAGUGAAAGGCAAAAGAGAAAAGAAAAGAUAUAUCCAUCAGAAUGCAGAGUUCCAAAGAAUAGCAAGGAGAGAUAAGAAAGCCUUCCUAAGUGAUCCGUGUGAAGAAAUAGAAGAAAACAAUAGAAUGGGAAAGACUGGAGAUCUCUUCAAGAAAAUUAGAGCUACCAAGGGAACAUUUCAUGCAAAGAUGGGCUCGAAAGAGGACAAAAAUGGUAUGGACCUAACAGAAGCAGAAGAUUAAGAAGAGAUGCCAAAAAUACACAGAAGAACUGUACAAAAACGAUCUUCACGACCCAGAUCUUCGCACGAUGGUGUGAUCACUCACCUAGAGCAAGACAUCCUGGAAUACAAAGUCAAGUGAGCCUUUGGAAGCAUCACUGCAAACAAAGCUAGUGGAAGUGAUGGAAUUCCAGUUGAACUAUUUCAAAUCCUGAAAGAUGAUGCUGUGAAAGUGCUGCACUCAAUAUGCCAGCAUAUUUGGAAAACUCAGCAGUGGCCACAGGACUGGAAAAGGUCAGUUUUCUUUCCAAUCCCUAAGAAAGGCAAUGCCAAAGAAUGUUUAAACUACUGCACAGUUGCACUCAUCUCACACGCUAGCAAAAUAAUGCUCAAAAUUCUCCAAGCUAGUCUUCAACAGUACGUUAACUGAGAACUUCCAGAUAUUCAAGCUGGAUUUAGAAAACGCAGAGGAACCAGAGAUCAAAUUGCCAACAUAUGUUUGAUCAUAGAAAAAGCAAGAGAAUUCCAGAAAAACAUCUACUUCUGCUUCAUUGGCUACUCCAAAGCCUUUUACUGUGUGGAUCACAACAAACUGUGGAAAAUUCUUAAAGAGAUGGGAAUACCUGACCACCUGACCUGCCUCCUGAGAAAUCUGUAUACAGGUCAGGAAGCAACACUUAGAACUGAACAUGGAACAACAGACUGGUUCCAAAUUGGGAAAGGAGUACGUCAAGACUGUAUAUUGUCACCCUGCUUAUUUAACUUAUAUGUAGAGUACAUAAUGAGAAACACUGGGCUGGAUAAAACACAAGCUGGAAUCAAGAUUGCCGGGAGAAAUAUCAAUAACCUCAGAUAUGCAGAUGACACUACCCUUAUGGCAGAAAGCAAAGAGGAACUAAAGAGCCUCCUGAUGAAAGUGAAAGAGGAGAGUGAAAAAGCUGGCUUAAAACUCAGCAUUCAAAAAACAAAGAUCAUGGCAUCCGGUCCCAUCACUUCACAGCAAUAGAUGGGGAAACAGUGGAAAGAGUGACAGACUUUAUAUUUGUGGGCUUCAAAAUUAUUGCAGAUGGUGACUGCAGCCAUGAAAUUUUUUAAAAGAGGCUUGCUCCUUGGAAGAAAAGCUAUGACCAACCUACACAGCAUAUUAAAAAGCAGAGACAUUACUUUGCUGACAGAGGUCCAUAUAGUUAAAGCUAAGGUUUUUCCAGUAGUCAUGUAUGGAUGUGAGAGUUGGACCAUAAAGAAAGUUGAGUGCUAAAGAAUUGAUGCUUUUGAACUGUGGAGUUGGAGAAGACUCUUGAGAGUCCCUUGGACUGCAAGGAGAUCCAACUAGUCCAUCCUAAAGGAAAUCAGUCCUGAGCAUUCAUUGGAAGGGCUGAUGCUGAAGCUGAAGCUCCAAUACUUCGACCACCUGAUGCAAAGAACUGAUUCAUUUGAAAAGACCCUGAUGCUGGGAAAGAUUGAAGGCAAGAGGAGAAGUGGAUGACAGAGGAUAAGAUGGUUGGAUGGCAUCACUAACUCAAUGAACAUGAGUUUGAGCAAGCUCCCUGAGUUGGUGAUGGACAAGGAAGCCUGGCGUGCUGCAGUCCACGGGGUCACAACAAGUUGGACACGACUGAGCAACUGAACUGAACUGAAAGAAGUCAGUGGUAUGGCAUUGCACCCAAUUCUGUGAAGUCAGAUAGGCUUGGUGCACUACAGUUUGGACUCCAGCCAGCUCAGGAAGCUAGGCAAAGGCAGCAGCAGUGCAGAGGUGGAGGCAAGUAGCACCUUGGAAAGGAGGAGGUGGCCAAGAGAAUCUGAGGAAGCACUGCUUCCAAUACUCCUACAUAACAUCAGACCUAAAGUUAAGUUGUACCUUUGCCCUCCCCACAGAUAAUAUAUUUACCCUCAUUUACCUCCUUCCUUCCUUAUAUAUAAUUACUAUUGUAUAUUUCUUUUGGUGUUUCAUUAGACAUUUAUAUUUGUUUUAACCAGUUAGUGUUUAUUAUGAUUUGAUCACAUAUUUACCACUUUCUUGGCUCUUGAUUUACUCUUAUAUCUCAAAUCUGUUGAGGAUCAUUUUCCCUCUAUCAAAAGUAUACUCUUCAGAAUAUACGAGUGUUCAGGAUAUAUAAUAUGCUACCUGCUAGGUAAGGAAGAAAGAAAAAUAAAAAUAUAUAUUUGUAUUUGCAAAAAGAAGCAGUGGAAAGCAAUAGAGGAAAUCAGUGAAACCAAAAGUUAGUCCAACCAGUUGACAAAUAUUUUGCUAAGCUGACCAAGAGAAAAAGAGGACUCAAAUUACUGAAAUCAAGAGUGAAAGAGGAAACAUCACUUUGGACCUCACAGAAAUAAAGAUCACAGGGAAAUACUACAGACAGCUGGGGGCAAGAGUGAGUAUUAAUGAGUAUGGAGUUUGUCUUUGGACUGAUGAAAAUGUAAGAUUGACUGUGGUGAUGAUUGUUCAACUCUGUGAAAGUGCUAAAAACCACAAUCACACACUUUGAAUAGGUUAAGUUGUAUGGUAUGUGAAGUAUAUGUCACGAAAGCUGUUUUGUUUUUUUUAAAUGAGGGAAUUUGGGGGCCUCCCUGGUGGUGUAAUGGUUAAGAAUCAGUCUUGGAACAUAAGGGACACCUGUUGGAUCCCUGGUCCGGGAAGAUCCCACAUGCCUUGGAGCAGCUGAGCCCAUACAUCACAACUACUGAGCCUGCACUCCAGAGCCUGGGAGCUGCAGCUACUGAAGCCCAGAGGCCCAGAGCCUGUGCUCCUCAUCAGGAGACGCCUGCACACCACGGCUAGAGAAAGCCUGUGCACAGCAACCAAGACCCACGACGGCCAAAAAAUAAAUAAAGCUUUAAAAAAAAAAAAUAAGGGAAUUCCCUGGCAGCCCAGUGGUUAGGACUCUGUACUUCCAGUGCAGCAGGUACAGAUUCGAUCCCUGGUUGGGGAACUAAGAUCUCACAAGCUAUACCAUGCAGCCAAAGAAAUAAAGUUUAAAAAUAAAUAAAAGGAAACACUGGAAGAAUACGUAGGAACAAUGGGUGAGAGUAAGAAUUAUUUUAAAAUAUUUUUAGUUUAGUAUUCAAAAAUAAUAAAAUUUGUGGAAUCCUGGGAAGCUGUGGUGAGACAAAUGAAAGUAAAGUAACUAAUGUUAGUUAUUAGUUAAGGACCUGAAAGCAAUCGUGUUCAUCAAAUAAAGCCGUGGGUAUGGAGCUGGAGGUUGAAGAUGAAGUGUAGUAAAAUUGCUUUUUCAUUUAUUUGGGUCAUAGUGUAAACAAUACAUUCCAGCUAUAUGUGACAGUAUGUGCACUGUUUCUAUUUUGUUGUGACCUUGUUUGCCCUAGAGUAACUACAAGAUGAAGAUGGAAGUACUAUGUGGAGGCUAAAGAAGAUAAGAAGUUAGAUUAAAAGCAUGUUAAGGCUUGUAUUUGAGGAGCACAAGUUGACCCACUAUAUAUCUGAGUGCCUGUCACAAUUGAAACACUCACUUAUGUUGAAACAGUGAGGGGAAAACAGGGAUUCUGCUACUCAGAGGUGGCUUCCCUGAUAGCCGUGUUGGUAAAGAAUCCACCUACAAUGCAGGAGACCCCAGUUCGAUUCCUGGAUCUAGAAGAUCCAGGGAUAGGCUACCCACUCCAAUAUUCUUGGGCUUCCCUUGUGGCUCAGCUGAUAAAGAAUCUGCCUGCAAUGCGGGAGACCUGGGUUCAAUCCCUGGGUUGGGAAGAUUCCCUGGAGGAGGGCAUGGCAACCCACUCCAGUAUUCUGGCCUGGAGAAUUCCAUGGACUAUAUAGUCCAUGGGGUCACAAAGAGUCGGACACGACUGAGUGACUUUCACUUUCACUGUUGCUCAGAAUGGCAGUAGGGAAGAGGAACUGUAAACAUUUUCUAAGAUUUCUCAAUCUGCGAAAUUCCUCGUUUGUGGUCCUCUCUGUGUUCAGCUGUCUGUAUCUCUGUAACAAUCAGCACACUUACAACAUGAAGUACUUUCAUGAAUGGUGAAAGAAAGGGUGGUACAACCAGCCCUUGGGAAGUGGGGCAGUAGAAUUCCCCUGUCUGUAGUGGGUGAGAGUUUAGGAGAAAGGGCAAGAACCACGAGUCCCUAGGGCUUAUAGUAAGGAAGAAAAGAGCAUAGGAGAUUGUCAUGCUUCUGAGAAAUAGCCUCAGAGUGUCCUGAUCCCCCUUUUGGGUCCAGUUCUGUAAAAAUAGGAGAGUCAUUGUUUUCUUUCCUUGUCUUCCAAUUCUAUUCUGUGGAGACCUGUUACAUGAUGGGCUGGGGACAUAGAUGGAGUCCUUAUGGGAUAUAAAUUCUUAUUUUCACCUGACUAAAUUGUUACUUGAGUCACACCUCAGGCCAGGGCACAGGAAGUAAUACACAAUUUGUUC